UCAGACUAGUCGGUUAAUUUUUGUGUGUUGUGUGAAAUUGAACCUUAAACUAGUUUAAAAAUUAGUGAUAUACAGUAUCCAACAAACCCAAGUUUUUGUGCAUUUCUCAGUUCUCAACAGUGUAAAACAUGCAUAGACCCAGUCGACCAUUAGCGUUGAAUCAUAUUGAUAUGGAUUUUAUUGAUGCGAGUCCAACCGGUCAGGAAAAUGAAAGUGAAACCAACAGUCAGACGGCGUUACCCGAUAUGGAACUGAUUGAAAAUAUUGGAGGAAUCCUUGAACAAGAACAUUUAAUCAGUGUCGAUAGACCGCCAUACCCUGCUUCUAAACGAUAUCCAAUGAAUGGAACUCAUCGUGGCAAGGUACUGAUUUACAAUAAUAAAACUUAUGACGACGAUGAGAAAUAUCCUGAUCGAGAAGGCACAGAAAAGGAUGAGGAGCGGUUGAUUGAUUCGUUGCAGAGACUUGGUUUCCGGAGGGAAGAUAUUCGCGUUUUUAAUGAUAAGACCGUCAGUGAAAUUGAACGAGAAGCGAAAAAAUUGGAAGCAGAUCAGGACCUGGAGCAUUCAGAUUGUUUAAUGGUGGUCAUUCUAACCCACGGCGAAGAAGGCGAUUUUCUAAUGGCUAGCGAUCAUCGGUAUCAUUUAUACGAGUUCAUCGAACACUUCACUCCAACCAAACUGAAAUCGAUGGCUGGUAAACCUAAAAUAUUCAUAGUUCAAGCAUGUCGUGGUAGUAAAAAUGACAGAGGAGUUCUUUUGCGAGCUCGUGGGCUGCAGAAUAAAUAUGCUAAAGAUAAUGCAGAUUCAACCUCAUCUACGUAUACAUUUCAGAAGUCUGCCGAUAUGCUUGUGAUAAUGAGCUCUCAUCAUGGGCAUUUUUCUUUUCGCAACCAAGCAACAGGAAGUUGGUUGAUCCAAGAGUUUUGCAACGUCAUUGAUCGGUGUGAUUUGGAGACCUGCACAAUUUACGAUAUUUUAACCGAGACAAACGAUGCAGUUUCGAAGCGGAUCUCGGAUGUUACCGACGCUAAGUAUGACAAAAAGAAGCAAAUAUCCAGUUUCUAUUCCACACUCACCAAGCAGCUUUAUUUUAAACCAAAGCCCAAUGUAGCCUAGAGAGA